AUGAGUAACAACGUGGGUGAGUCCCUUCCUAUGACCAGCCUGGACGCGUGCAUGCGAUCCAUUCAACAGGAGGCAUCGACUGUGUGCAUCAACCGCGCCCAGUGUGCGCUUCUGGCGCAGCGGUUAAAUUUCAUCUUUAAGACGCUUCGUCGCCUCCCCGACCCAGCGCCAACACCGCAGAUGAUAACGGUUUUCGCCUCUGCAGACUUGCUGAUUCAGCGAAUGAAGUACGACGAGUGGAAACAGAUAUUGAGACGCUACUUCACAUGUCAGGCUUUUUUCGCCGGUAUUUUCGACCGCAUACCAAUGGUCUGGCAGCUUCACUCCACGGCCUCAUGGGCGAGUGAAGAGAAAACUGCCCUGGACGCAGAUGAGGUGACGAACGCCAAAGUCUUUGUGCAGCUUUGUAGCAUAGACGAGGAAGAGCCUCUUUACAUCGGAACUGAGUCGCGUGAAGGCUGUAUUGCGGAGGCACCUGCGUCUGAGUCCUGUGUGCCCACGGAAGAGCAAGUGAUCAGCAUCCAGCGUCGCAACCAGCUGGGCGCAUGGAAGGUGUCAUUUGAAGAACUCAUACCUCCAGAUGACAAUGAGUUCGACAGUGUGACAAGCUCGCCCGACGCCCACUGUGUGUUCAAUACAUGUUAUGGCUACUGGUACACAAGCACACCGGUCGUGUUGCAGCAGCUGGAAGGGUGCGAUACCUGCCCCCUUACCCCAGACACGGUGAUGAGCUUCGUGCAGGACAUGGUCUCCCGCGCGCGCUGGUGUCAUCCAAACAUUGUCCCGUUUGUUGGGGCCUUCACGGAGAAAAUGCCACCAACUGGAAGCGCGGAUAGCUCAACUCUCAAUGCGGUGGAGGUGACGGCGUCAACACCCACAUUGGCACUAGGCGUCAUCACGGAGGAUAUGGCCUCCCUCGUGGCGCAGUCAGUAAAGGGCAGCGAUCCUAGCGCGCCUUCAACAUCGUACUUUCUUCGCCACGUGAAGAGUGACGAGGAUGUAGCAUCGUUCUGUUCGCUACAUGAUCUCCUCUUUCUGCAGCGACGGCGGUUCACGCUGGAGGAGGCAAUGGAAAUCACACUGCAGGUUGCGGAUGCCCUCCAAUACGUCCUAUUGGACGAAUUGCAGGUGCCCGUAGAGGUGGCCACCGCGUGGGUCUCAGUGUCGCCAUCAAACAUCGUCGUCUGCCCCGUGGCGCCGUGGAGUGGGAAGGAGCGCCGCGCGUCCACCUGGGAGCGAGAGGGUGUCGUUAUGAAUGACGCGGACGAGGGCAUGUGGUUAUCCGACGAGGAUGCGCCGUCCUUCUACAGCGAUGUGGGGCGGCGGAAGUGCGUCAGCCUCCCCCUCAUGGGGGCGUUUGCGGUCAUGUACAUGCCGCCUGUGUAUGUCGAGGGCGGGCCGUUCAGCCGUUGGCGGCCGCACCCGCAUGCUGCUAGCCCGGCAAGCUACGCUCUGGCGCAGCUGCUCAUCGCCCUUGUAACCAACGAGGCGCCGUACCGUUCAUUUCGGCGGCAGCAGGAUCUUGCCGCACGUGUCUUUGCUGCUGCUGCCGCGGAGGAGGAGGCGGAGGGGGACGAAGACGAGGCAACUCUGGCAGUGAAGGUGAGCAUACCACCCGGCAGCGCCAUCCCCUCUGGCCUCCCGACAGAGGUGCAGCAGCUCUGCCAGCGUGGCAUGGUGCUUCAACGUCCACAUGCCGAAAAUGCGCAUUCCGGUAUCUCGCUCGAGGGCUUCCGGGAAAAGCUUCAAAAGCUGCUUGAAGAAGUGGAAAAUCUCUCGUAUCCUCUUCCUUCUGACGCGCCGCAGCAGCGAAAUGUGAGUUUCAGUGAGAUUGAAAUGAUGCCCCCUGGCACCCCGCUGGAUGACUACGGCGAACUCUCCAGUAGCACGUAG